AUGUGGCACACGCCAGCCACAAUCGAUGUUGCAUUGUACUUGAAUGAGGAGCGCAAUUUUCAGCCAGAUGGUCAGCCCUUCUUUGUUGUGCAGGACUUUCAAGUUGGAAAUUGGUCAGAUGUAAGAAGAAUGUCGGGCUAUUAUGAUUUGCCCAGCCGCGUACAGUCGUCCAAUGGUAGUCUUUGGGCGCAUCUUUUUGUAAGCAAGAGUCUCGCAUCGCCAACAGAGCCAGGGGUCCCAGAAAUGAUGGACAGAUCUUUGCACAUCCGUCACCAAUUGACGCGCUUUCUGCCUCAUCGCAAGGACAUGACCGUGAAAAAGCUCAUCGGUCAGACAGAUACAGCAAAAGAAGCCAAACAAGAGAAAGGUGAAGUCAUCAGCUACUUUCAUCCGAAUCUUACCUUUUCGGUUGUUGGAGAUGCUGGAACAUUGGUCUACAGCCAAAUACAUCCGGUCAUUGCUCCGUUUGUUACCCUGGAACCCUCGAAUGCGCGAGAUGAAUCGGGCGAAGAUGGAUGGUACUUGCCAAUCGCCUAUGUUAAUGAUUUCUGGCUUUUGCGAGACCACAUGUUCCCCAUCAAUACCACGACGCCACGUGUGCCAAUACACUUUGAGCUUUCUCAGACAAGUCUUGUGAAGAUGCAAAUGAUGACUGCAAUGGACCAGUCAUUCAAGCAGCAAGCCAAGAGCAUGGGAGGAAGUGGUGCCGAAUUUGAGGAAAUCAAGCGCAUACUUUUGGAGACGAAUGUCUGGCUUCUAGGCAUGACGAUCGCUGUCUCGUGUCUGCAUUCGCUCUUUGAGUUCUUGUCCUUCAAAAAUGACAUUCAAUUCUUUCGCAACAAGAAGGACAAUACCGGCAUCUCCACCUGGACGAUUCUGAUGAAUAUCAUUCAGCAGACAGUCAUUCUGCUUUACUUGCUCGACUCAUCUGAAGAGACGUCCAUGGUGCUUCUCAUUGGUCAAGGCUUCGGAAUUUUAGUGGAGGCCUGGAAGCUGACUACUGCAGUCAAUGUGCGUCUUGUAAGGGUCAAUUCAUUGUUCCCGUACCGCGUCAAAUUUGAAGACAAAAAGGUAUUGAACGAGGCCGAGCAAGCUACAAAAGAGUACGAUGCUGUCGCUUCAACUUGGCUGCUAUAUGCAUCCAUCCCACUUCUCAUUGCCUACGCCACCUGGUCGCUGCUUUACCAGGAACACAAGAGUUGGUGGUCAUUCGUUGUACAGAGCCUCGUCGGAUUCAUCUAUGCGUAUGGCUUUCUGACUAUGCUACCAUCACUCUACAUCGACUACAAGCUGAAAAGCGUCGCCCACCUCAGUAAGCGUGCGUUGACUUACAAAUUCCUGAAUAGCAUUGUCGACGACGGUUUUGCAUUCAUCAUCAAGCAACCUUUGCUGGCCCGUCUAGCCUGUUUUCGAGACGACGUCGUCUUCUUGAUAUUCAUGUAUCAAACGUGGAUCUACAAAAUCGACAAGACGCGGUCCAAUGAGUUUGGUCAAGUAGCAGAGAGUGUUGCGGCAGACAAUGUCAAGAAGAACAGCUAA